ACCCAAAAAAUCAAAACUAAAGCCAGUGUAUCUGUGUAUGCUACCAACACGUAGUGUAUUAAGAUUAAUCUUUGUUCUCCAUCACUUCAUUUACUUUUGUACUACAAACUUGGCUUACCAACUAAAACCUUAUUAAAUGCAGCUAGAUACAACUAAAAUUAUAGAUUUUCCCUCUGUCAGUAAUCACUUGCACAAAUUACUCUUACAUGGUUCAGAACUAUUCUUUUUUCAUUGAUUCUAUUCUACAAAAUGAUUCUAAUAGCUUUUCUAAUGCUUCUUUUAUUGCCGUUGUGUGCUUCAGUUGAUACUAUAACUCCUACUAGCCCCCUUAGAGAUGGUGAUGUCUUGACAUCCAAAGCAGGAAAAUUUACUUUAGGAUUCUUCAGCCCUGGAAAUUCCACUCGAAAAAGAUACGUUGGAACUUGGUUCACUAAGGUUUCUGUGCAAUCUGUUGUUUGGGUUGCUAACAGAGAUACACCCAUCAAUGGUUCUCUUGGAACUCUUUCAAUCAAUGGAGACGGGCAUCUUAGAAUCACUUCUCGGAAAACUGUCCUAUGGUCCACGGAUAUUUCAGUUCCGGGUUCUGUGAAUAUCAACAGCACCUCGUGCAAGCUAUUAGAUACGGGGAAUUUAGUCUUGACUACUGAUAAUGGUAAAGUUUUGCUGUGGCAGAGCUUUGAUCACAUUACAGACACUUUUCUUCCUGAAAUGAAGCUUGGCUUGGAUAAAAGAACUGGGUUAAACCGUCAUUUAACCUCUUGGAGAUCAAACGAUGAUCCAAGUCCUGGGAAUUUCUCAUUCCGGGUUGAUCCAAAUGGGUCUCCUCAAUUCUUCUUGUACCAAGGUUCGAGUCCAGUUUGGAGGACAGGUCCUUGGAUCGGACAGAAAUGGAGUGGAGUUCCUGAAAUGACACGUGCUUAUAUUUUCAACUAUAGUUUUGUCAGCGACACAAAUGAGAUAUCUGUAAGCUACAGAGUUUUGAAUGAUUCUAUCAUCUCAAUCUUCGUGGUUGAUGGAAAUUCAGGAACAGUUCAGAGACGAACAUGGCAGGAGAAUACAAAACGUUGGAUCGAGUUCUGGUCAGCACCGAAGGAGCUCUGUGAUCAGUAUGGAGAGUGUGGUGCUUUUGCUAGCUGCAACCCCAAUAGUGCCAACCAAUUUCAAUGCACCUGUUUUCCUGGAUAUGAACCAAAAUCACCGCGAGAUUGGUAUCUAAGAGAUGGUUCACAAGGUUGUGUGAGACAAGAAAACAGAUCAAUGUGCAAAAACGGAGAAGGGUUCUUGAAGCUAGAAAGCAUGAAGUUGCCAGAUACUUCAAACGCUUUAGUGAAUAAAAGCUCGACAUUGAAGGAGUGCGAAGAAGAAUGCUUGAAGAACUGCUCUUGCAUAGGCUAUACAAGUGCAGAUGACACUGGUGCAGGAAGUGGCUGCAUUUCAUUGUAUGGUGCUUUGAUUGAUACAAGGGUGUAUCCUGAUGGGGGCCAGGACGUAUACUUUCGAGCAGAUGCAGUUGAGUUAGCAAAAUAUAAGAGGUCGAAAGGGCCCUUCUCAAAUAAGAAGAUGGAAGCAGUUCUCAUUGUGCUGGUGUUGCUGGCAUCUACAUUAUUUAUCUUUUUUCUGGUGUAUUGGAUUCACCAGAAGAAGAAAAGAGCAUGGGAAGAAGCUGAAGAAAGGUCUCUUUGGACGAAAGAUGUCGAAGAAAGUGAUUCUGGCUCAGAUUUACCCUUCUUCACUCGUAGCGAAUUAGCUGCAGCCACAGAUAAUUUCAGUUUGGCUAAUAAGCUAGGAGAAGGUGGCUUUGGAUCAGUGUACAAGGGUCGGAUGGAAAACGGACAAGAAAUUGCUGUAAAAAAGUUGGCUCCAAAUUCAGGACAAGGCAUACAAGAAUUUAAGAACGAAGUUAGGCUAAUUGCUAAACUUCAGCAUAGAAACCUCGUCAAGAUGUUAGGAUGUUGCAUCAAAGGAGAGGAGAAGAUGUUGAUCUACGAAUUCAUGCCAAACAAAAGCUUAGACACUUUCAUUUUCAAUGAAGAGAUCAAGUCAUCGUUAGAUUGGACAAAACGCUUUGACAUUAUCAUCGGGAUUGCUCGAGGAAUGUUAUAUCUUCACCAAGACUCACGAUUAAGGAUAAUCCAUAGGGACCUAAAAGCAAGCAAUAUCCUGCUUGACAAAAACAUGGUCCCGAAAAUUUCAGAUUUUGGCAUGGCUAGAAUAUUCGGGAAUGAGCAAGUACAAGUUAACACGACUAGGGUGGUUGGGACCUAUGGAUAUAUGGCACCAGAGUAUGCACUGCAAGGAGUAAUGUCCAUAAAGUCGGAUGUCUUUAGCUUUGGAGUCUUGUUAUUGGAGAUUAUUACUGGUAGAAAGAACUCUGGUUUUUAUCCUGACAAUCCUUCCAUCAAUCUAGUUGGUCAUGUUUGGGAGCUUUGGAAAGAAGGACGAUCAUUGGAAAUAGUCGAUACAUCUGUGAAAGAUUCUGAUGCUGACGAGGAACUCUUAAGCUGUAUUCAAAUUGGAUUGCUAUGUGUGCAAGAACGCGCAGAUGACAGACCAACAAUGUCAACCGUAGUGUUUAUGUUGAGCAACAAUGUGGAACUUCCUUCUCCGAGUCAACCUGCAUUUAUCCAUAAAGGAAGCUUGCAUGAUGCAGAUCCAUCGUCGUCAAGUGCUGGAGCGUAUUCAGUAAAUGAACUCUCAUAUACCUCCGUGAUAGAUGGUCGAUGAAGGAUGGAUUAAGCUUAGCUACAGGUGUACAUUUUCUUGUUUUUGUGAAUUCGGGUUGUCUAUAGUUUGGUUUGGUUAGGGUGGGGUCGGUGCAUUCAAGAGUUUGUUUGGGUCAUGGUAGGUUAUGGUGAGGGGAUUGCAGUCGAUGCGGGUUAAAUCGGGUUAAAUGUAGUAUAUUAUAUAUUUAAGUAUGGACGGAACAAAAAUAUGAAGAAAAACUAUGUAAAAUUAGCCCGCCAACAAUUCAAAAAAUAUGUAAAAUAACAAAGAAGAAUUGUUGUGUAUUUUUGGUCCGUUCAUAUUGAGAAUUAAAAAAAAUACUAUACUGUAUUUAACAUUAUAAUUAUGUUGUAUUGGAUUGAAAGGCAAAUUCUUAAA